AUGCUAACGCACCCGCGCCUCGCAAGAGAGGCCGGCCACGAUCUAGGACGGACGAUUAGCAAAUUCCCGAGGAAUCCAGAGACGUCGAACGCAGCUUCGCGUCGCGCAGAACUCGAGUCGGGCAUCGAAGAGCUCAGCGAGUCGUUCCUUUUAUUUAGUAAUCUUCUAUUCGAGGUUGGGAUUCUCCAAAAUCAGCCUCGUGUCACAGCUGCUCUACAAAAAAUUACACAGCAAUACGUGUCGCUUGCCAAAAGUGGCUGCGACGAGGCCGAACAAGCACCUACAGCGCCGGCGGACGAGUCGCAACCGACGUCUCCCACAGUCAGCGAUACACGAGAUAUAAUUUCAAAUAACAAUCCGCUUAUAACGCAGCUUGGUUCACUGCCAAUAAUCGGUGACGCUUUCUAA